ACUUUAGAUUGGACCACGAGUACGAGAUUGACUACGAGUAAGAUUUUAGAAUUUCAAACCAGUGACGUUUCCAGAGCCGUCGCUCUUCAUGUUGGCUUUAGGUAAAGAGAGUAGCUCAUGGUAUGAGAUGGGUACGUGAUUUGAUGAUGUCAAGCCUGCAAAGUAUAAUUGAAAAGUCGUACUCGUACUCAAAUCCUAAGUCCCCUACUGUUGUUGUUGUUGUUAUUGUUAUUGUUGUUGUUGUUGUUGUUCUCCCCUAAGCAUCAUAGCGGCCGUGUUAUAAUUAAAACGUAUCGCGAUAACGUAAACCCUACUGUUUAGGCUUCUUGUUAACUUUUAACUCGAAAUUUGUAUUUAAAACUAGAGUGCACCGGAGAAGAGGCAUUGGGCAUGGAAAGUGGUGCUGUAAAAAACCAACAGAUAACAGCAUAUUCACAAUACAGUGAAAAUCAUGGUCCAGAAAAUGCCAGGCUAAACCAUGUUGCUGAUGGAAGGAAAAUGGGCGCCUGGUCAGCGAAGACGAAUGAUCUUAACCAAUGGCUUCAAGUGGAUUUUGGACGAGAUGUUAAGAUCACAAAGUUUGUCACCCAAGGAAGGCAAGACUAUAAGCAAUGGGUCAAAAGCUACACUCUUUCUUUCAGUACCGAAAAGGAACCGGUUUUUCAGACAUAUCAAGAGAACGGUCAAGAUAAGGUUUUUACUGGAAAUAUUGAUCAGAAUGGCAAAGUAACCCACAGCCUUUUACAGCCAAUUACAGCUCGAUAUGUGAAAAUAAUACCGAAGACUUGGAAUGACCAUAUCUCCAUGAGAGCUGAGUUUUACGGUUGCGUUCUAUCAGAACGUUACCGAGUGGUGGGCCGGGUUGCUCACAUGGACUUCAUAGAAGAGAAUCUUAGAACAAAGCACGGUGUAAACUUCCAAGAUGAACAGGAGCGGCCCAACUAUAUCGAGCUUGAAGUUCUCGCAGAUACAGUCUACGUCAAGGGCAACAUCCAAAUGCGUGGCAUUAAAAAACUAACAGUGUUCAGCCGCAGAGUUUUCUCUGCGGCAGAGAGUCAGCUAGACCUAUCAGCUCCAACUUUGACACAACCGUCUAGCACCCAAGUUUUUGGCGAUGAUGGACAAGACGGAAAGGAUGGUGCAGCAGGACCAGUGGUUGAGAUAUUUGCCGACAAACUAAGAGGUUACUUGAACAUUGUGACUAACGGUGGAAAUGGAAACAACGGACAAAAUGGUCGCGAAGGUAAAAAGGGGGACGACCGAGGAUACCAGGUAUGUCAAUUUUAUUAAUUUUAUAAGAGAAGCAGUUCAUUAUAUUGCUCUGAGCCGGAUUAAUAGGUGGAUUUCACUGUAGAAUUGGAUGAGAUCCUCUUAAGGCAAUCAAUAUCAGUAAAAUCCUCAAUUUACCAACGGACAUACAAGCAAAUACGUACGCUAACUGUGGCAAAAGCGGGUUGAUGGAUCGGGGUUUUUUGGUUUUAAUAAUUUUGCACCGUGUAGAUAGCCCUCUGCUUUCUCUAUAAGACGAGGUAUUUUUGUUGGUUAUGACAUGAGAUGACCUGAAAUGUCAUCCCGCCAUCUUCGAUCCGCCAUCUUGAAUUUCACUAUGAACAGGACCAUUGACUUGCUUGACUAGCCAAUCAGAGCACACAAAAAGUACCAUUCACUUGUUCGGUGUACAAUAAUUCGCUCAGACCUAAUAGGGACUUUAAUUACGCAAACCCGACGGCAACGGCAACGAGAACGUCACCAAACAAAAAUUUUAACGAGCAGAACAAUGGCUAUCAAGAUUUGGCUUUCAUCCUCGUAGCCGGUUGUAAUU